UAGCUUAGGAGGUCGCCAUUUUACAUCAGUCAGACUCUUUCUCAAAGGAAGGACAUAUCCAUUUCAAUUAGGGAUACAGAAACAUAAAAACAAGGUGCCUGUAAUGAGCUACAUCUAUUUCUCUGCCUGCCUGGUCACCUUGGCGCUCAUAGGGGGCGCCAGGGCGGACCCGGCCUACAGAGACAUCCUGGACGGCAUCUAUCAGUACAGGAACCUCAGGAAUGACGGGUACUUCGAUACGAUACCUGCCUUCGAGGAACUAGAGAAGGACAAUGAACCUACAGAUGCCAUCCCAGACGAUAUGAGUUAUUACCCUCAGUAUGGCUGGGAGGGGGACCAGCCUGAGGAAGAGGACAAUGACCUUGCCUCCAUCGGGCUAGCCGACCCCUACGGAUAUGAAGAGGAUGAAGAGGCACAGGCACAGGAAGACGACCAGCAGGGCCCGUUCCAGCUGAGGUCUACCAAUGAUCUCAGGGACCCCGAGCUGCUUGAGAAUAGCGCACUCUGGGGGACGCAUUACGUCUCAGGUGGCGCUGGUGAAGGUAAACAACACCUAAAGCCUAACGGAGAACAGAAGAACAAACAGGAAGUGAAGUCUGAUGCUGCGCUACCAGCCUACUGCGAACCACCAAACCCAUGCCCCAAGGGAUACUCCGAGGACAAAAACUGCCAGAAAGACGUGAAGGACACAGCUGAGUUCAACCGACAGUUGAUCAAGGAGAAACAGUCCAAGGGAGAAUGUGCAUGCGACAGUGAACAUAUGAAGAAAUGUCCCCACAACAGACCAAAUAUCAACACCAAGUCCGACAGUGGAGACCUCGCAGCUUUACUCAAAAAUAACGAUUUUGGAGGCUCCAAGAGAAACAAACUCGUCGCCAAGAAAGCACCACAUAUGAUCAGAAAAAGGUAUAUAGCGGACGAAAAGAGGGCGCGCUAUGGAUAUUACUGGAAGGGUCAAAAACUGCCAACAGUCGCCAAGAAGUCCCCUCAGAACAUCGAGUAUGAUAAGUGGUGGCACCUGAAGGAUGCCAAGGAUAGUGAGAUGCAGAUGAAGUAAUCUCGAGAAAACAAGCGGGAGGUCGCGGGUGAAACUAUUGGAAAGAAUGUGGUGUCAGGCACCCGUAGGCGUCCAACGUUGCUUUUGAAAGAGAGGUCUCGAUGAUUAACCACCGGCUGUGAUGACGCGUAGGUCUGUUUUUACAAACACCGGUAAUUUUACCAUCAAACGGGGGUAAGCGUACCGACAUCAACAUUCAACGGCCACCAAUGGCGUUUAGCAAAGAUCUGCGCAUGCUCGGUUCCAAAAAUUUAAACUGAGCAUUGUCAUCACGCCAUGUCAGCCAUAUUCUAUCCAAUAGUUGGCCAAUCGUGAUUAUCUCUCACCGGUUGAGAGACGCAUCACGGUGAAUUAUAAGAGUGUGAUAUCAAAAUAUGGAUGUGAUAUUUAAUGUUUAGUCAAAGUUGUCUCCUUGUUGGCCGGAAUGUGCAAUAAUCAUGAAAAUGAUAACCUUAGGCCUUGUUUUUAUUGUUGUAACUUGAAUGACGCGUAGCCGAAUAACGAACAAACUUCCACGUCACUUUAUAAUCGGUGCUGUAACCCACCAGUUUGAUUUUAUGUCGUCCUGUACCACGUGACCGGAAGCUGUUCUCUCUGAGCAAACCGACACCAGUCUCACCAAAAGCUGCACUUGUGCUCAAUAUCACGGAAACUAUUUAACAUGAAUCUCGACAACAUCCUCACCACAUUGCUUCAGCCGAGUCGGAGUAAACACUGUGUUUACCGUGAUAUUUUCUUGAACGUCCGAUGAAAUAACGGGACUUCCAAAACACACCAGCGAUUUCUUUUUUGAUCAUCGAAUUAUUUAGAAAUAAAAUCUGUAAGUAGGCUGGAAGAAUCAUAAGCAGGCGACGGAGCAGUUUCCGAUGACGUACUUCCGGUACCAUUUGUUUAUGUGAGUGAUGGAACCAGCGGUCGUGCUACUUAAACUUGUACACAUGGAUGUUGUUGUUCACUUCUACUGUUGAAUAUGGCAUCUUAUUCAAAAUUCAGCAAAAUGACUACGCGUAUUUUUGUAAUGAACUUGUUUAAUCAAAGGACCCGAUGACCAGCGUUUUGGAAAGACGUUGAGAUAUGAAUUUGAGAUACCUCCGCAUUCUUAGCCCACCGUUCUAUUCAAGUCUUUCAAGAUCUGCUUCAACUGCACACGCUUACAAUGCACUUUAGUAUUGCUUUAUUGCACACAUUUUGUCUCAUGUUUUCUAAAGAAUACGAAGAGAUAUCUUAAUUGACGAACUAGCCGAACGAGUAACCCACCGACUCAUGCUGUACUUUAUGAUGUAAUAUACAUGUCGUUGAUUUGUUAUUGUGAAAUACACUCAAAUAUACAAAA